UGGAGAAGGGUCACAGUCCUCACUGAGUGAGACCCCCCUGCUCCCUGCCCCUGUCCUCUCUGAGCUCCAGCAUGGUGUGUCUGCGGUUCCCCGGAGGCUCCUGGAUGGCCGCUCUGAUGGUGAUGCUGAUGGCACUGAGCCCUCCCCUGGCUCAGGCCAGGGACACUCCACCGCAUUUCCUGCAGCAGAUUAAGUUCGAGUGUCAUUUCUCCAACGGGAAGGAGCAGGUGCAGUUCCUGGAGAGAUACAUCUACAACGGGCAGGAGGACUUCCGCUUCGACAGCGACGUGGGGGAGUUCCGCGCCCUGACCGAGCUUCGGCGGCCUGAUGAGAAGGGCUGGAACAUCCAGAAGGACAUCCUGGAGCGGAAGCGGGGCGCGGUGGACACGUUCUGCAGAUACAACUAUCGGGUGUCUGAGGGAUUCUUGGUGCCUUGGAAAA